AGGCCCGCGCGGAGAUAUCGAACGCACCCUCCUCUCGGAGCAGAGGAAACGGGAUGUAGGCUAGCUCCGGUAACGGUAACGGUUUUAUUUACUGUGUUAUUCGCUCCCGUGGUGAUGGCAUAAAUGACCGUCGGACGGCGGGAGUCGGACGGAGCCGAAACCGACGGGAGCCGGUGUCGUCGAGCGGCGGGAAGCCUGUGUCCGCUUCGGUUUGUUGUUUAGGUUAGCUGCCCGUGCUAGCUCACAGCCUGCUUCUUUUAACGGUUCACCGGGAGUUAUCCUCGGAGGACACGGACAACCACCGCCCGGGGAAAGUUACGGUAACCCUCCCACCGGCGCUGCCUCGCGCGAGGGGCGGAGGAGCGGUGCUGCAGGAGGAACAACGCGGGAAAGCUGCGGAUGUAGUUAGCAUCAGGCCUGAAUACCAACACACUUCCACCCCUCCCUCCUUGCCUCCCCCCUUUCUCCCCCCCUCCUCCCCUGCCCCCCCUCGCCCCCUCGCAGCCCCUGGACUACAGACCCUCUCCCCCAUGAUCACGAUGGAGUCAGGCCUCAACCCGCUGCCACAGUUCCCAGAAAACUCCUAUAAAAUGACGGAGGAGGAUGUGAAGAGGCUGAUUGAGUUCAGGGCGUCCAACGAGGCUCUGUUCACUGGGAAAAGAAACUCUGCCAAGAUCGCGUGGAGCACCAUCCUGAAAGGUCUGGGCCUGGAGGGGAAGCUGACAGCUGACCAGAUCGCCAAGAAAUGGGACAACCUGCGGACGAAGUACAAGGACCUGAAGCAGCCCUACCAGGGUCAGGACAACAUCGGGGGCGUGGUGGAGUCGUGGCCCUGGUUCCACAUCAUGGAUGAAGCCAUGCAGGGUCGCCUCUACAACAGCAACCUGGUGCUGAGCCCGGAGAACGCCGCCAACACCGGUCACCGCGGCAACAGCCAACCCAACCAGAACCAGGAGAACACCGACAUCCUGGAGUUCCUCAUCAAGACGGAGAUGGAGGACACGGUGGCGGCAGAGGCGGCGGAGGACGAUGGGACGGUCCACACAGAGGCUCCUCCCACCGAGGGCGUGCCCAUGGGCUGGAGGAGGAUGACGGAGUGCUCCUAUAAGAUGACGGAGCCGGAGACGGAGCGGAUGAUCAAACUUCGAGCCGCCAACGAAGCGCUCUUCACCGGCAGGAAACAUUCAGCCAAACCGGCCUGGAGAGCCAUUCUGUAUGAACUGGGUCUUCAGGGGAAGCUGACCACGGAUCAGUUGGCCAAGAAGUGGGACAACCUGAAGAGGAGAUACAAGGAGCUGAAGUUUCCCGCUCGGGGGGUGGAGACGAACCCCAGCUCCUGGCCCUGGUUCUACCGAAUGAACGACGCCAUGGAGGGGCGCUUCGCCGGCGCCGCGCCCAUCCUCACGCCUAUCGUGGAGGACGAAGACGAAGACUGCGAGCCGCUGUCGCCGACGCCCAAGAAACGAGCCCGCCGGAGCCGGGGGGGGAUGGCGGAGUUCCUGACGGAGUCGGAGAUGGACCUGCUGGUGGAUAACGAGGAGAAGAACGGGUCGUCGGCGCUGGGGGAGCUGCACCGGAUGGCAGAGUUCACCUACAAACUGACAGAAGAAGACACCAGGCGACUGAUUGAGUUACGAGCCGCUAACGAGUCUCUGUUCACUGGGAGGAGAAACACGGCGAAACCAGCCUGGAGGGGAAUAGUGAAGGAGAUGGGUCUGACCGGGAAGAUAACACCUGACCAGGUGGCCAAGAAGUGGGACAACCUGAAGACCAAAUUCAAGGACCUGAAGUUCCCUCCCCGGGGGAUGGAGAACCAGACCAACCCGGCCUCGUGGCCCUGGUUCCAGCUGAUGAGCGACGCCCUGGAGGGACGUCUGGCGGGGAAAGCUCCCAGAGUGACGCCAGUUUGGACCAACGAGGAGGACGGCAUCUUCGGCUCGUCCCCGCCGCCCGACAGAGACUGUCUGCUGGCGGAGAGGAGCAGCGUGUCGGAGCUGGAGAGCAUGGUGGGGGGGGACAACCCCGAGGCUGAUGGGAACGUCACCUACAUCGACGCCAGCGGAGAAGAGUGUUCGACGCCCUCUGACCUCUCCUAUAAAAUGACGGACCAGGACACCAGGAGGAUGAUUAAACUACGAGCCUCUAACGAAGCGUUGUUCACCGGGAGGAGAAACGCCGCCAAAGCCGCCUGGAAGGCCAUCCUGAAGGAGCUGGGGCUGCAGGGGAAAGUCUCCACCUACCAGAUGGCAAAGAAAUGGGACAAUUUGAAGAGGAGAUACAAGGAUCUGAAGUACCCUCCUGUGGGGAUGGAGAGUGUCGCAGACGGCGCCUCCUCCUGGCCGUGGUUCCACCUGAUGAAUGAAGCCAUGGAGGGUCGCCUGGCAAACAGCGCCCCCCUCCUCACCCCCGUCACCCAGGAAGACGAGCAGCACUCUGACCCCGCCCCCAGACACAGGUCCCGCCCCGCCCUUCCCCCUCCCCCCGCCUCUUCCUCCGAGUACGGACAGGAGGCGUUCUGCGACGGCGCCGAGCAGAGCCAGCGCAGCUCGGAGGCGUGCGACGGGCCGCUGGGGGGGCUGGACAGGGAGUGGGAGAUGGUGGAGCGGGAGAGGACGGCGCUGGAGCGGGAGAGGGAGAUGGUGGAGAGAGACAGGGCGGCGGUGGAGAGAGAGCGGGCGGCGGUGCAGGCGGAGCGGCUGUGGUUGGAGCGGGAGCGGGCGGCGGUGGAACGGGACAGAGCCAUGCUGGAGCAGGAGAGGGCGGGGCUUAGCAGAGAGAGGGAGGUCCUGGACCAGAGAGCGCUGAUGCUGAACUCUGUGGGACACUCCGGGCACCUCAACGCACUCAUGUAGACCAUGAUGCUCUGGGGGCGUAGACCGUCCCUGUAGAGGCGUCUCUGGUGGUCUGUGGGGGGGGUUCUGGACCCGAUGACCGAUCACAGGAACCGUAGACCUGAGCGCCGCGGAGACACGCGGCUGCCGGUCGUCCACUCAGAGCUGGGGACGGACAGAGGACGGACCUCGCCGGGUGACUGGUCCUGGAGACCCGAGCCACCCGGGGGGUCGGCCAUCUUCACGGGGGGGCUGCACACGCCGUAGUGUCACGACCUCCAUCAUGUGUGAUGGUUCAGAUCCGUCAUGUUUCAGUCAGAGUUUCCUGCUGAGUCCCACCCGGAGCUUUCAGCUUGUUUUCUUCGGGGGGGGGCAGAGGCUGUGUCCAGUUUCUUGAUAUUCACUUUAAUCAAUAUGUGUGAUCAGUUCAAACAUCACAAUCAUCCUGCUCCAAAACAACACAUAAGAAAAAUAAACUGUAAAUACAGAGUGUGACACGGGCGGAGGGGGCGUGGCCUCUUCUCUUGCGUAUAUAGGAAGUUCUUCAUGAGAAAUAAAUAAAUCCUGUCGGUGGGAGGCGGGGCUACACAGCUCAGCCGCAGACACCAGAGUAUUGACUACAGCUGAUCAGUGUCUACAAGCAUUAAUUUAACCAUCAUGUGUUUUUAAUGAAAAUCGGCCGAUCGAUCGAGACAUAGAAUAUUAAACGUUCAUGUGAAACUGUGUGAAGUCUUGAGUAAUGGUGUGGUGAGGUCACACUGACCUCCACCUUUGACCUUUGACCUUAAGUCCCCAAAGUGUAAUCAGUUCAUCCUUGAGUCCAGGUGAAUGUUUUUACCAAAUCUGAAGAAGUUCCUUCCAGGUGUCACUGAGAUACCUGAAAACAACAUGGCCGCCGCUCUGACUGUCUGCAGCGAGGAAUAAAAAACUAGAAAAUCAAUGAGACGUCGAUGUUUUGGCGUCAAUAAUAAAUCCGUGUUUGGGAAACUCAGACUUUCACAAUAUUCUGUAGAAGACACUGAGUCACGAGGCCGAACGCCUGUUUUCCAAUAGUCGAUCAAUUCUGUGUCUUUGAACCUCGUCGUUCAGUCUGAUCUUUCCAGAUACUUCCUGUCACAGCUUUAACCCCUCCCCCUCCAGGAGCUCCUCCUCCGUCCUCUCAGUUACAGUCUGAAACACUGAACGCUUCAUGAACGUGCUGCAGCUGACGACCUGUUCUCCGUCUGAUGGUUCACCUUCCUGAUGUUUUUACUCCAGCAGAUCAAUGACUCUGUUGCAUGAUGUCACACCUGGUUUGUAUUUUCUUACCUGUAUGUGGACGCUUGUUUUACAUCUGCUGUGUGCUGGGGGCUGAGCUGUGGUAAAACCCAGGUGACCUACACUCAGUACUGUACCUGAACGCACCGACCCACGCUCUGAAGCUGCGACGCUUUCACUGCACUUCCUGUGUAAUAUGAAUGUUUCCGCCCGGUGGAGGUGUCCAGGUGUAGAGCAGCAACAACCAUGAACCAGUGACCUCUCUGAGAGUCUGUGGUUCCUACAGGUCUCAUCAAUAAUCCAUAAUUCAUUUCUAAUUUCAAAACCAAAAAAACUAAAUGUGUUUUUUGUUUUAAAACCAAAACGGGAGAAAAAACAUUUUUAGUGUCAGAAUCACAAAAUGAAAUCAAUCAAAAUGGUCCGAUUUGUUAUUAAUCAUUUCUUUUUUUAACCAAAAGUUGAAUUCACAAGGUUUUAUAUGAUUUUAAUUUCUAAUUGAAAAACAAAAUCUCAUGAUUUUUGUUUGUUUUUUUAUUUCCAAACAAAAAAAGGUCAAAUUAAUUUUUUGACAAAUGAAUUUUGUCAUGUCUCAUUCUGCAGCUCAGCGGACGGACGGGGACAGGAAGUGAAGUGUCAGAGUCAAAAUAAAAGGUUUUUGGUUUCAAACUAGUAAAACUCAGUUUUAAAACUACAGAAGAAGAUUAGACUAAAUUCUGAUCUUCUAAAAAAAAAAAAAAACAUUUUCCACAUCAGGGACACGUGAAUUUAUUUUUUCAGAAUUCCACAAAAAUAAUAAAAAUAAAUUCACAUGUCCCUGAUGUGGAAAAGGUUUUUAAAAGUCACAUGGUUCUAAUCCUCUUCCAUAUAUUACAAAUACCAGAUUUACAGUUUUUAAAUUCCACAUUAUUAUUAUUAUUAGACGGAUUAUCUGAUGAGACCCAGACGCUGCAGUCAGAGACGUGGGCGGCCAAUCAGAGCAGAGCAGGAGGUUAUAAAACCGACCAAUAGGUGGAGAGGAUAAAAUGAAUGUUUUACACUUCAGCUCAGCCAAUGUGGAGACGAGAACUGAACUCAGCACAAAACAAUUCAAAUGGAUAAAACUUUAUUUCACUGUC